AUGGGGGAGCCGGACCCCGUCGAGCGCCCGGCGGGGGCGGCGGAGGGGGAGAGCCCGGGGGCGGCCGAGGCGCCGCAGAAGCCGCCUUACUCCUACGUGGCUCUGAUCGCCAUGGCCAUCCGGGCCAGCCCGGAGCAGCGGCUGCCCCUGAGCGGCAUCUACGCCUACAUCGCGGGGCGCUUCCCCUACUACCGCGGCGGCCCCAAGGGUUGGCAGAACAGCAUCCGCCACAACCUCAGCCUCAACCCCUGCUUCCGCCUGCUGCCCCGCCGCCCCGGCACCGCCGCCCCCCGCCGCGGCGGCGACUGGGCGCUGGAUCCCGCCUUCCACGACAUGUUCCCGGGGGGGGAUUACCGACGACGACGACAACGACCUCGCCGCCCGCCGCCGCCGCCUCCUCCUCCUUCUCCUCCUCCUCCUCCUCCCGCCGCCGCCGCCCGGCCCUGGCCGCUGCCCCCGCCGCCGCUCCCCGCCGCCUGCCCGCACCGUCCCUGCGUGGCCCUGCCGCUGCCCCCGAACUGGACCCCCCCCGCUUUGCAGGGGUUGCCCCACUGGCCGUUUGCCGGGGCGAGGGGGGUUCUGUGCCCGGCCGGCUUGGAUCUUGGGGGAACCUGCGAGCUGGGGACCCCGCUGUCCCCCACCUUUCAGGGAAGUCCCCGGCCAUGAGAUUGCGCUGCCGUGGGGCGGGCGCUUUUCUGCUGGGGGGUGGGGGGGGUGGAGGGCUUUUGCACCUGGACGGAAUUGCUGAGAAAGCGACUUAAAAACGCGCGGCUGGUGGAAGAUCGGUCUGAGAAGCUCCUGUUGCAGUGACUGAGGUUUGCCACCUUGUUCCCCUCCUGCGGUGAGGGGUGUUUCUGUUCUGCGCCCUCUGGAUUUGGGGGGUUCGGGUUAGUUGUUUGAGCCUUCGGACAAGGCAGAGGGGUGGCUGCAGAACCUGAGCAAGAGGAUGGGUAUCUUCUGUUUUGAAAGUACACCACGAGUCCUGUAGAUGCUAGUCCUUGGAAAAGCAAAAUUUGGUUCGUGCAGGGGAAUUACGUUUUCAAGUGUCCUUAAACUCAUUUUGGAGCUUGUCUUUCAAGGUUUGUGAAAAAGCAAUAUAUGUAUUUUUUGGGUUGGGGGGGGAUGGGGUGGAAAAGAACCUAAGCAACAACACAAACAACAGCAAAACACAGAAUCCACAGAUCUUUGGAGUAAUGCUGGGAAUCUUGUGGUUUUGUAUUUAAAGUGAAUCUAUGGGAUUUUUCAUACAGUAGAGUUAUUUUAUGUUGUUUAUUAUAUAUGUUUACGUAUGUUCACUGUUAACAUGGUUUUUAUAAACGUUUUUUAUAAUUACUAUGUAAGGGUCUUUUCCUCUUGAUUCCAGAGGGAGUAGUUUCUAUGCUUUUCCCUGAAAUUAAGGGUUCAGAGACAAAAUAUGCUUCUAGUAAGAACAGUGGUUUAAGUUGAAGGGAGAGAAGAGUUCAAAUACUGUUAAGUCAAGAGCAGCACUUGUAUGUUAUAUUUUAUGACUUGUUUAAUUAAUAGUACUUCCUAAGAAUUGAGGCUUCAGAAAGUAAAACUAUCUUGACGCUUUCUUGAUCUUUGAAAGAAGGUGCAACUUAGUAGUUGUUAUUUUAUACUUUCUCAUACUCACAAAGUGAUUCUGAAUGUCAUCUUUAAAUUUUAGCAAUAUGGUAUAAACAGUGCUGGAAAUACGGUUACAUUUAGCCAGGGUGACAACUUUAUGGUUGUUUUUACAGGAUGCCAACGUAUUAGAAGAUAUAGUACGUUUUAGAUUCUUCAGGUUGCUUGUUGCUUUCUUUUGGUCUCAUUUUUCAUAUAACUCCUAGUAAUGUUGAACACUAAACCACUUGCUAUACUUUGAAAAACUGUAUUUUAACUUCGGUUAUAAAAUCAGUGCCUGAAGUGGAAUGCAAGUACAUCAGAAUUGUCGCAUUUUGAAGCAGGUGGUAAGUCUGUAUGUAAUUGAAAAAAAAAACCACUGCUAGGGGUUUUAUUUUAAAUAAUAGAUGGUUCUGUUCUGUUUUGGCAAAGUUUUUAUGCCCCUGCUGUGGUUUAGAGCACACGUGAACAAUACAUGUGUGUGAAACUACAGCUGCUGAAUUUUGACCUCUGCACUGCCAUUAAUUCCACUGCACACAAAAUUAUUAAAAUAGGAGGAGUUUCUGCAAGUCUGACUUUCUUUGUGAUUCUCACAGGUUGUUUUAUCAGCUCAGCACCAUAUGCACGUUAUUGACCCUGAUGAUGUUUCAGCUGAUAAUUGUCUUUUCUGUAAAGCAGACCUUACUCUUUAGAGCUUAAAAGAGUAAAAACUGUUUUCUUCUAAAGUACUUCCGUUUUAAUCUAGAACAAUGAAUGGAGGCAUGCAUACAAAGAACAAAUCAAUCUGUUUUCUUGGAUAAUCAUUUUGGUUCUAAUAAAAUUGCCUUCAGGGCAUGGUAUACCUGGUGUUAAUACAAAUAAACCCAGUAUUUCUUCUUUGUUA